AUGAAAGCAACAACUGUGGAGAAGCAGCAUCGCCUUCAAACGGAAGUGGACAAUUACCACCGGGUCCGGAACUUGCAGGGACAAUACAUCCCUGUCUGUCUUAGGGACUUUAAGCCUCGCGUUGCAUAUUGGUACCACGGCAAAAUAAUGGCGCAGAUGAUGAUCUUGAGCUGGUCUGGAACGCGGCUUCAGCAUGCCAUCCAUGAUGGGAACUCCCGCUUCUUUCACCAAGAGCGCGACAGAGCUCUGACCACGCUCCGGUCGCGUGGAAUAAUCCACUGCGACAGUGAGUGGCGUAAUAUGCUGUGGGAUGACCUGAGUGGCCGCUUGGUUGUCAUUGACCUGGAGGAUGUGAAAUGGUUGAAGCGCCCCAGGGCCCUUGAAUCCGUUUCUGCGAAUACGCGGCAAACUCGCUGCGUCAGAGCGAUGAAAUAUAAAACCGGCUUGGAAAGGGUGGAAAUUCCGCAACACGGCAGUACCUUAAGCUUGUAA